UUCGGAAGGUCACAGUCCCUCCUUCCUCAUCGCAGCUGUUACUGCUCAGAUAUUCCCAAGGGAUCGCCUAGUGCUGGGUGCAUUUUUCUACACUGUGAUUGUACAGCUCCGAGAAGGCAGCUGAGGUCAGCAAGCUGAGGCAUCUACAGGAACAUAGGCUAGUGUGUGUGUCACAUGCUGUGUCUGAGAAUGAAAAAAAAAAUCAGGCAGAGGUGAGGCAGGCACCCACCGCAUCUCAGUUCCUGGUUGCUACAGGUGUCAGAAAUUCAUCUCAUCCCUCCUGAGAAUCAUGAAGCUGAAAGUCCCCUUGGUCUUUCUUCAUUUGUAUCUCUCCUGUUGCGAACCCCAAGUGAUUCAGAGCCCUGAGUCGCUGGUUACUGGGGAAGGGAAGGUCUCCACCAUGUCCUGCUCCUUCACCAGCGCUUACCAAAUCUUCUACUGGUACCAGCAGCUUCCUGGGCAAGGGCCGACCUAUCUGCUGACGGCGAGCUCUAAUGAGAAUGCCACUGUGGGGCAGCGGUUCAUAGGCGAGCGCCUGGAAGAUGGGGAACGCAGCUCCCUGCACAUCGCCGACUCCCAGCUGGGGGACUCAGGCAGCUACCUCUGUGCGGUGGAGCACAGUGACACAGAUGGAGAGGUGGACACGAAGGUUUCUCAGCCUGCUGCGCUGUCUUUCCUGGCGGGGGGCAGCGCUGAUCUCCCCUGUAACCACAGUGUCGCUGGCUACGACAGAGUUAUUUGGUACUAUCAGAGCCCCAGAGCUGCUCCUCGAGCUGUGAUAUCUGGCUACAAGUCCGCGGAGACGUCGGAACGGUUUGAACUGUCCAUUGACCCCUCCCGCCUGUCCGCCCCGCUGCGCAUCACCAAGGUGGCGGUGGAGGACUCAGGGAUGUAUUACUGCGCCGUGAGAGACACAGCGAGAGGAAAUGCAGGGCGAGCUAAACAGAAACCUCCCCGAGUCUGAAAGUCCUGGGUAGGAAGAGAAGGGAGCUCA